UUACAUUAUGAUGCCUUUUUGAGUAAACCAAACCAAACCAAACCUUUAAACUCAUCUCAUAUGGUUAUGGCCUUAUCUUCUACUUCUUCUCUCUUUCUCAACACCACUGAUUAUUCACCUCACAAACCACUCCAUUAUCUACCAUCACAAUCAUCACCAUCUUCUUCUUCUUCUCACUUUCCAAUCAAACCUCUCAUCCACCACACUCACAACACCCUCCCCCUCUCUCAAAAAUGGAGAACAAAUGUUUCAUUCUUUACUUCUUUCUUAAAGAAACCCAAAGACGCUAGCAUCAUCAAGGAAGAGCUUCUUGAAGCCAUUGCUUCUCUUGAUCGAGGAGCCGAUGCCACUCCUGAAGACCAACAAAGGGUUGAUCAGAUUGCACGCAAACUUGAAGCAGUUAAUCCAACUAAGGAGCCUCUCAAAUCUAGUUUACUUGAUGGCAAAUGGGAGCUUAUUUACACUACCUCUCAGUCAAUCUUGCAAAUUAAGAGACCAAAGUUUUUGAGAUCAGUUACGAAUUAUCAAGCAAUCAAUGCCGAUACUCUUCGAGCCCAAAACAUGGAAUCUAGGCCAUUCUUCAACCAGGUGACAGCAGAUUUAACACCUUUGAAUACAAGGAAAGUGGCUGUCAAAUUCGAUACCUUCAAAAUCGCAGGCUUCAUACCUGUUAAGGCUCCUGACACGGCUCGCGGCGAACUGGAAAUAACAUAUUUGGAUGAAGAACUUAGGGUAUCAAGAGGGGACAAAGGAAACUUGUUCAUAUUGAAAAUGGUGGAUCCAUCUUACCGGAUUCCUGCAUGAUGUAUCGUCACAAUAGCAUUUUAUCGCCAUCUCGUUUUCUUCCUCUCAACGGAUUCAAACUACCAUUAGAGCUUUCUGAAAUCGGAACUUAUACUAGCAAGCCAAUGCAUACCACUACUCAAACUUAGCUUGAAGCAUUUUGGAACUGUGCUUUCUUUACAGAAGUGUUUGUAAAAUCUUCUGUACCCUUGAAUGUGGAAAUCUUGGAUUCAAAAUAAGCAGUUGUAAAAUCUUUACAUACUGAUAUGAAUAUAUUAUAUGCUACAAUUUUGCUAUGAGGCAUUAAAGACAAGAAACAUUUUUCUAUCUUUGCUUUAUUAGUAUGAAUAUAUCUUGAUAUUCUGAAGUUUAGAACA